CCCCCCCCCCCCCCCGGCGCCGCUGCCCUCCCCCGCCCUCGUCGGCUCGUCGCCUCCGCCGUGCCUGCCCCGGACGCCGCCCUGGACCCAGCUUCGCUGCCGCCGCCGUACCUGCUCGCCCACUGCCUGCCGGCAGAGCCACGGGCGGCGCGGCACCCAUCCAUUGAGGCAUCGAUCCACCUCCACCGCGCCGCUUUCCAGCCUGCUCGUCCACGGCCCGCCGCGCCUCAUUCCGGCCUCACGAGCCGCCGACGAGCGGGGGGACGCGCCCCUCUCCCCCAACCCGCGGGCGGCUCCGGGCUCCCCGGCGUCGUCGCAGCCGCGAGCCGCCUCUUCCCCCAACGCACGGUCGUCCCUCGCUCUCCGGCCUCGCAAGGUGCCUCUCGCCCAACCUGCGGCCGUCCCUCACUCUCCGGCCUCGCGAGGCGCAUCUCCCCCAACCUGCAGCCAGCCCUCGCUCUCUCCGGCCUCGCGAGGCGCAUCUCCCCCAACCCGCGGCCGGCCCUCGCUCUCUCCGACCUCGCGAGGCCAUCUCCCCCAACCUGCGGCCGGCUCCGAGCUCUCCGGCAUCGUCGCCGCUGCUGUUCCCGCCCCAGUCGCCGCGGCAGAGGGUGGAGACGGCAUGGCAGUACAAGCAUCUGGAGGAGCUAACGGUGGAGGACGCCCCGCGCCUAGACCUUCUGCUCGGCAACGCGCAUCUGGGGACGGCGGUCACCAUCAUCGGCGCGCCAAAGCUUACUGCUUUAGGCUACCACUUGUGCUGGGUUUCCGGGAUUUCUUCCACGGCAUCGACAAGCCUGCUGCUCAGAAGAAGGUUAGCAACGGAUUGCGUGCUCUUUUCAAUAGCGUGAAGAUUCUGGCUAUCAGUGUGACGUUCUCGAGCAAGAAGAACAUGGAGUCAGUGAUGAAAUUGCUCAAGUGCUUUCCCUUCCUGGAGACAUUGCAUAUCCUGGGCAACAAGCGCAGGGAAGGGGAAGUUCACACAAUUGGCCCGAACAAUUAGCAGAAGCUUGAUCCCAUUGGAUGUAUUGUGAACCAUCUCCAGAGCGUGAGACUAGAAAUCAAAGUCGAGAAACGAGGAAGCAAAGUUGAGAACCAAAACUUGCUUGAGUUUGUGUGUUUCCUCCUUGCAAAUGCCCAGGUGCUGCAGACCAUGAAGAUUCAAUCUGCCAUGUCCAACAAACCUGCAUGGAUUACAGAACAGCAAAAUCUGCUUAGUGAAUGUCACAGGGCCUCCGUGGAAGGCAAAGUCGUGUUCGAGGGUCUGAAAGUCAUCCAUCGCAAGGGGUUCAGUAUAGAGGAUGUGAAUGCUCUGCCUGGCCCCUUUGACAGUGAUAUAGACAUCAUGGGCUAUCAAAUGACUCUUGAGUUGUACUACUGGGAUGAUUAUCCAUCAAACAGUUGAGGGCGUUGUGUUAAUGUUAGCUGGCUAUCUGAAACUGCUAUUUUAACUUUGGCUGCAUUUGAGGUUUCAUUCCGAGAUAGAACAAUAUCCAUGGUGCCAUUGGCAGAUAAUUUGUGUUCUGCUCGGUUGAUGUUCUGAAUCUAGACAAUAAUUUAGGUGGCCUCAAUAUUUAAACCUUUAAGAUUUGCUACCCAUGAUGCCAAUAGCAGGCAUUUUAUGCAUGGUGGUGAAUCAUCUGAGAUCCUGAAUCUAGACUAUAAUUUUGUUAUCUGUUGCUUGUCA